GUCGAUCAGACAUUUAUCGCUGAGGUGUAUUUGUUAUUCAAAGAAAAUGUUAUUUAUUAUCGGUAGUGGGUAAAAACUUGUAAUAUAUGAACUCUUAGAUUAAUUAUAUGAACUAGGAGUUGGCUUAACAUAGAAAGUGUAUGUCACUACCAGUGUAUUAUAAUUUUGAAUUAAUUCUCUAGCCUCUAAAAAAAUAUUCUUAAUAAAUAUUAAUUAGAUGCAUACAUGAGUAAUAAUCUCAUUAUUGCCAAAAAAUGGAUGAAGGGAAUUCAAUUAUUUAUGGACUCGAACACCAGACAAGGGCUUUGUCACCACAAUAUGGGGAAAGUGAUGCAAUUCGAUUUCUCAUCGGCACACAAAGUCUGAAGCCUCAAACUAAUCAAGUACAUGUUGUCGAAUUAGAAGAAGACACUGGGGCUUUACACACAAAGGUUUUUAAGCAUGAUAUCGGUGAAAUAUGGCACUUGCGUUGCUCACCUCAUGACGUAGCGACCUUGGUGACCACACACAACGCGUAUGAUCCCAACACCUCACAGUGCACUAUGGGAGUGUCCAUCUUUAAGCUGCCUACUGUUGAAGUGAUUCCAAAAGAAUUGGAUGAUCUCAGUGCGAUUCAAGGAAGAAAUCCAGAGAAUAUGGAACAUUUGAAAACUAUAACACCUGAGAAGCCUGAUGAAGAGAUUAGGUGCGCGGAAUGGCACCCGACAGAUCGCAAUCGUUUAGGUGUAGUGUACGAGGGGAGCGUGGCCGUGCAUGACGUGAGCACGGGAGCCGUGGCCGCAGUCGCUGCACCAGACGGUCGAGCGAGGCUCAAACUCACCACCGGUAAAUGGAAUCCUCAUCAGGGGCACACACAGUUCGCAGUCUUACAAGAUAUGCAUAUAAAAUGUUUCGACACACGUAUGGAUUGCACAAAACCAUCUUGGAGCAUAGACAAUGCACAUAAACAACUGGCCAGAGAUCUAGACUUCAACCCAAAUAGACAAUUUCAUUUGGCGAGUGCUGGUGAUGACGCGGCACUCAAUAUUUGGGACUACAGGAACGGGAGGGAACCGAUAUUCAGCAGGACUGAUCACUCGCAUUGGGUAUGGACGGUCCGCUACAACACGUAUCAUGAGCAGUUAUUAUUGACGGGCAGUUCAGAUGCGCGCGCGCUCCUCACCGCCGCCGCCACCAUCUGCCAGGACGAGGAUAACACGUCACCGCCGCAAGUGUUAGAAGAUGGUGUGCUCCAAUCGUAUGAACAGCACGAGGACAGUGUGUAUUGCUGCGAGUGGAGCGCCUCUGAGCCCUGGACCUUCGCCUCGUUGAGUUACGAUGCAAGACUCGUAUUGUCACGUGUACCCAGACACUUCAAAUACAAGAUACUGCUCUAGCUACAUUACAACAUUGAAGCCUAAAUCACAGUAUAUUACAACCACCAGUUGCUCAAAUUUAUCUAAACUGGCACGAUUACUGUACACCAAUAGAAUUGUUUUUUAUUUAUUCAUGCUAUUGACACACACAUAAACAUUAGCAAAUUCUA